GGGACCUCCGCCUGUCUCUGCUGCUCUCCCAGCUGGUGGGCAGCCAGGAGGUCCGGGAGCUGCUGGCCCUGCAGUUGGCCGACUGGCACCAGCUCCAAGCGGACGUCUUCAUCCGGGACGAGCGGCUGCGCAUCUUCUGCCUCCUGGCUGGCAAGCCGGUGUGGCAGUUGUCCGAGAAGAGGACCAUCAACGUCUGCUCCCAACUGGACUGGAAACGCUCCUUGGGCAUCCACCUGUGGUUCCUGCUUCCUUCCACGGCCCCCCUCUCCAAGGCCCUCAGCAUGUACGAAGCUGCCUUCCAGCUCAAGUACGCGCUACAAAGAAUGCGGGAAAGGGCCGUGCGGGAGCUGCUGAGUCGCCACUGCAAGCUGCUGGAGUUGCCGGAGUCCCGGAACAAGGAGGCCUUCCUGACGGAGAAGCUGUGCGUGCCCCCGGCGUGGAUCUACGAGGCGAAGGCCUUGUGGGCCAGGAGGGAGGGCGACAGCGCCCGCGAGGCCCUCUACCUCUUCAAGGCUGGCCACUGGAACCAGUGCCACCAGCUGGUGGUCAGGCACUUGGCCUCCGACGCCAUUAUCAACGAGAACUACACCUACCUGAAGGGAUUCUUGGAAGACCUGUCCAGUCCUGAGCGCUGCAGCCUCAUUCAGGGAUGGGACACCGCCGGGCUGGUCUUCUUGGACUACCUCCAGGUCAUCGAGAUGGUCAACAGAAUUCAGCAGCUGGACUGUACCGGGUACGAACUGGAGGAGCUGCACUCCAAGGUGAUCUCCCUCUGCAGCAGGAUAGAGCUGGUCCAGUGCCACAGCGCCAAGGACAGGUUGGCUCAGUCAG